AUUUCCUUCACAAUCGGCUGCCAUCCGAGGAGCUGAGGAAGCCUAGCGCUCUCAGGAGCAUUCAUUUGAGCUGGCGUAGGGGUAAGGGGCACAACAGGGAGGUUGGUGGUGAGGAAGUUCCUUUCUUUGAUCUUCGGAAAUCCCUUGUUCUUGGUGGCCCCUCCAAAGCCGCGAGUAGCCAGAGCUCACCACCCGGGAGUUUGCUCCUUUCCAAGUGCAGCGUUUGGAGACAAACGAGUUGUGGUUUGGCGGUCUGAGACUGGGAAAUCGCCGAACGUUUUCAGAUUUUGCACCCACGUUUCCACAGCACGCCUGCACUCAGAAUGGUCCAACGUUUGACAUACCGACGUAGGCUUUCCUACAAUACAGCCUCUAACAAAACUAGGCUGUCCCGAACCCCUGGUAAUAGAAUUGUUUACCUUUAUACCAAGAAGGUUGGGAAAGCACCAAAAUCUGCAUGUGGUGUGUGCCCAGGCAGACUUCGAGGGGUUCGUGCUGUAAGACCUAAAGUUCUUAUGAGAUUGUCCAAAACAAAGAAACAUGUCAGCAGGGCCUAUGGUGGUUCCAUGUGUGCUAAAUGUGUUCGUGACAGGAUCAAGCGUGCUUUCCUUAUCGAGGAGCAGAAAAUCGUUGUGAAAGUGUUGAAGGCACAAGCACAGAGUCAAAAAGCUAAAUAAAAAAAUGAAACUUUUUUGAGUAAUAAAAAUGAAAAGACUUGCUGUCCAAUAGUACAAGUUGGUGUGUUGGAGCUACCUCACCUCAGCUUGCGAGAGCCAGUUGUGGGCAUCUCUUUCCAGCUUUGCAUCCAAUGACGUCUGGUUGGCACCUUGAGACUGUUACGGUGAGAGUAUUAACACCUCAGCAAAUGCUACAAAAUCCUGUUUUCCCCCAGAGAGCUGGAGGUUAAAUACUACCAGCACAUCCCUAGAUAUUACUCAAGUUAUAGUCUGUGAUCACAACUACUAUAGUAUGCUCUUGGUACCAGGAGCUCUGAUAUAUAUCUGGUACAUGUUUGAUAAUGACUUGUACUGUACAAAUUUUUGUGGUAAGUACUUAUUAAUACUGUGAUUCUGUAAAGAGUUUGGGGUUUGAUUUUAUAAAAUCCAAAACAAGCCUUUGACUGAAUCCAGUUCUCUGUGUGACCAGUUCUCCGCAUGAAUGGAAGGGAAAAGAAUUAAAAAUCUUGCAAAGGG